GUCACUUUAGAGCUACUACAACCACUGAGGAUUACUGGAGCCGACUUCGUUGGAUUUUUUUUUUGCAGUACCCAGUCCUUUGUUUUUUAAGCACAAUGACUUUGAACAAGAGCGACAGAUUGCGAAGCAUGGACAAGAGAAGAGGGAGCACCCCCUUCCCUAUGAACAUGGCCAACUUGCACAGGAGAAGCAUGCCGGUGGACGACCGGGACCUGCACGCCACUACAGUGCCUCAAAGCGGACAAAGCGACGAGCUGUCCAAGCUUCUACGCUGCACCUACUCCCCCGGCGAGCAGCACCGGGGAAGUUGCGCCUCCGAAUCCUCGGACUCGGUCAUCUCCACCGGCAGCGAGGCUGACUCGCAAGUCUACAAGGUUGUUCUCCUCGGGGAACAUGGAGUAGGGAAGUCCAGCCUGGCACGGGUCUUUGGAGGACUGGAGGAUGCUGGUCACGAUGGCGAUGAAGCAGGAAACACGUAUGACAGAUCCAUUGUGGUGGAUGAGGAAGAAGCAGCUAUUAUGCUGUAUGACAUCUGGGAACAGGAUAACAGCCAGUGGCUAAAGGAGCAGUGCAUGAGGAUGGGCGAUGCCUACAUCAUUGUGUACUCAGUAACAGACAAAUCAAGCUUCGAGAAGGCAUCAGAGCUGCGGAUUCAACUGCGCAGAGCCAGGCAAUCCGAAGAUAUUCCGAUAAUCCUUGUCGGCAACAAGAGUGACCUGGUGAGGUCCAGAGAAGUGUCAGUAGAUGAGGGAAGUGCUUGCGCGGUGGUGUUCGACUGCAAGUUCAUCGAGACGUCAGCCUCCCUUCACCACAACGUGCAGCACCUGUUUGAGGGCAUCGUCAGACAAAUCCGCCUGAGGAAGGACAGCAAGGAGGAGAAUGCUCGGCGCAUGGCUAACUGCAGGCGGCGAGAGAGCAUCAGCAAGAAAGCCAAAAGAUUUCUGGGCCGCAUAGUAGCACGCAAGAACAAGAAGAUGGCUUUCAGGCAGAAGUCCAAAUCCUGCCAUGACCUUACCGUUCUCUGAGAACCAGAAGUGACUCAAAGACUUUUAUUCUUUUCUUUGGCCUCUGAAGACCCAACGCUGUGUGUGUGUGUGUGUUUUUUUUUUUUUUUUUUUUUUUCAACACUAACGGACUAAUAGAGCUGUACAGAUAUAUAUUUUUAAUUUUCAGACACCAAAAGUGAAGACUUGAUUAAUAGAAAACUGACAAUGCUUGUCAUAUCAUGUUAAUGGUGUUCUCAUGCAUGAAGUUUUGCAUAUUUAUUAAAAUACAUUGAUUUAAUAUGAUCAGUUGUGCAACAAAUCCACAAAAGCAUUGCUUUUUUCCUAAUAUGUUGCAAAGAUUGUCUUUCCUUUUUUUUUACUGGAAGGGAGAUGUAUAAAUUAUGACAUGAAUGAUGUUGAAUGCAACAUAAAUACAUCUCAUUAUGCUCAAGGACAUAAAGCAUCACAAUACAGUCAUGGAGUCACAUAUACUGUACUUGACAGGCGGUACGCAGGUUCGUUCCUCAGCCAAGUUCAAUGAAGCCACAGCUCAAAGAGAAUUCAGAAUCAGUUGUUUAAAACCUCUAAGUUCAGUUUGUGAAGCAAUAAGUUAUAUUUGUCUUGUAGACAUUUUUGAUUCUUUUUUUUUGUUUUCAUUGUUUCAUUU